CUGUACCAAGCUUCUUCAUCUCAGUCACCUCGACCUCGGAGAGAGCAGCUGAACUGACUAGGGAAGAUCACACGCAUUGCUCGCCUGAAUUGGUGGCUUGGAGGUUGACGACGAGGCAUGCCGGCCUGCUUCUUACCAGCUUCCAUGGCGAGCCAGGUGCAGCGGAUGCUGCCAUCCUCCUCGUCCUCACCGCGGCCGCUGCCGGUCAUCAACCUUGCCAGACUCGGCAAGGACCCGGCCACGCGGACGCUCGCCAUCCAGGACAUUGCGCGGGCGUGCCGUGAGCAAGGGUGCUUCCAGGUGGUGAACCACGGGGUCAGCAAGUCUGCCAUGGCAGGGGCGUUCGAGGCCGCCUCCGAGUUUUUCCAGCUCUCGCCAGAGCACAAGGAGCUGUUUGCAUCAACCGACAUCGGAAGGCCUGUCAGGUAUGACACGAGCUCAAGGGACGGGAUCAGCAAGGCCAGGUCGUUCCUGAAGCACUACGCCAACCCUCUGGAAGACUGGGUCGAGUACUGGCCACUGCACCCUCCAUCAUACAGGAAGAAGAUGGGGGAGUAUGCAGUUGAAAUACAGAGACUAUCAAUGCAGCUCAUGGAUGCUAUCCUGCAGGGUUUAGGGUUAAGGCCAUUGUACAUGCAAGAAAAGCUUGAGAAGGGAAUGCAGUUCAUGGCCCUGAACAGCUAUCCACAGUUCUCAUCACAUCGAGGUGACAAGGUCGGAUUGGCUGCUCAUUCCGACUAUGGCUUCCUCACAAUCCUGCUGCAGAGAUCCCCAGGGCUCGAAGUGAUGCCCCAUGACCGUGACACCUGGACGGCUGUCCCUGCGAUCCCGGGGGCUCUCCAUGUCCAUAUCGGUGACCACCUAGAAGUCUUGAGCAAUGGUCGUCUCAAGUCCCUUGUCCACCGAGCCAUUCUCAAUCCUGACGAAGCAAGAAUUUCCAUUGCCAGCAUCCAUGGUCUCUCAAAGGAUGAGAAGGUCUGCUGCGCGGAGGAGCUGGUCGAUGAGGUGAACCCAGCAAUGUACAGGGAAAGCAGCUUCCAGGACUUCCUCGACUUCCUACCGUCAAAUAUCAACAACUACAAGAGGUUUGUUGAGAGCCUCAAGAUCGACAGAGCUUGAAAAGAAAACAUUGGUUCCGCCAAUCAGGAACAUAUCUAAAUGGC